CCUAGGGCUCAGCCAUUCGUGCUAUUCCAAUCCCAAUCAAAGCCCAAAUCCGUCAAUUGAAUCUUUUUAAUUUUGUUUUUUAGAGAGAGAAAAAACAACAGAGAGCGGUUUUUUAGUAAGAGAAAGUGCGUAUUAAAGAGAGACUCGUGGAGGCUUUGUUAGUGCGAUGCGUGGGGGACAGGUGACAAAGAAGGAAAGCAAUGAAUGGCGAGAUCCUGUAAAUUUCUUCAAAUGGCGGAUCGUAACGCUUCUCCGCUUUUAUAAACCCUAACCGUUUCAUUCUAAUAGUCUUGCUGUAUCUUCAUAAUUCUCUCUGUUUGGUUCUUAAUACACACUUGAGAGGGAGGAAGAAGAAGAAAGAGAUCUCCUCUUUUAAUUCUGUACAUACUCAGUUGUAGGAAUGGCGGAGGUGGCGAAACUGCUGUAUAUAGUGGUGGUGGACGAGGAAGAGAGGAACGAGCAGGGGAAAGAGUCGUUUAGAUAUACGCGUCCGGUUUUGCAGAGUACUCUGCAACUCAUGGGAUGUAAAGCGCGUCAUGCUUUUAAGAUUAGCCAAAGGGUUUUUGAACUGAUGCGAAGUGAAUCUUUUAAUGAUGCUCUACUUUGGAAAGAAGGGGAGGCAAUUGGGGCUGAAAGUGAGUGGACGAAUACUACUAGCAAUAGUCCAACGUUUGAGUUGUACAAAAGGCGGACAACUGUAAUUGUUAGAAGAGAAACUUUCAUUAAAGUAGUAUGUGAUUCUCUGACUGAAUAUAAGUAUGUGGGUCCUAACCAGAGGGCUGACUUGGUUUUGGCAUGCAGAAUUCGAGAAAGAAAGGAAUCUGUAACUGUCCUGCUGUGUGGCACUAGUGGCUGUGGCAAAUCAACUUUGUCUGCAUUGCUGGGUAGCAGAUUAGGAAUUACCACAGUGAUAUCUACUGACUCUAUUCGGCACAUGAUGAGAAGUUUUGUUGAUGAGAAGCAGAAUCCUCUGCUAUGGGCUUCAACAUAUCAUGCUGGGGAAUUCUUGGAUCCUGUGGCAGUUGCUGAAGCAAAGGCUAAAAAACAGGCAAAAAAAUUGGCUGGCAUUGCAAAUUCACGUCCGAAGGAUGAACUAACUGAUAGUUCCACCACUGUGAAAUCUGAUAGUCAAUCACCAGAUGUGGGUUCUGGUACGACUGAAUUGAUUAGUCCUAAACAAAUGGCAAUUGAAGGAUACAAGGCACAAAGUGAGAUGGUGAUUGACAGCCUUGAUCGUCUAAUAACUGCAUGGGAAGAGAGGAAAGAGUCUGUGGUUGUUGAGGGUGUUCACUUGAGCCUUAAUUUUGUGAUGGGGCUUAUGAAGAAACAUCCUUCAAUCAUACCAUUCAUGAUAUAUAUAACAAAUGAAGACAAACACUUGGAACGAUUUGCUGUCCGUGCAAAGUAUAUGACAUUGGACCCAGCAAAAAACAAAUAUGUGAAGUAUAUUCGAAACAUAAGAACAAUCCAAGAUUACCUGUGCAAACGGGCUGAUAAACAUCUUGUCCCUAAGAUCAACAACACGAAUGUUGAUAAGAGUGUGGCAGCGAUCCAUGCAACAGUUUUUAGCUGCCUUCGCCGGCGUGAGGCUGGAGAAGCACUUUGUGAUCCUACAACAAACACUGUUGCUGUUGUAGAUGAGGAGUACAGGAACCAGUGUGCUGCAAAUUCAUUGAGCUCCAAAGGAAUGUUUCAGCUUAUCCAGAGGAAAGGUUCUUCUAGGCACUUGAUGGCUCUUGUUAAUACUGAUGGGUCUGUGGCAAAAGCUUGGCCAGUUGAUUCUGUGGGUAGUAGGGGGAAACAUGUAGGCUCUGGCUCUGAGAAUGGAAAUUGGACACCUAUGUAUGGACCAUUGCAGAUUGGCAAGGCCGAACCAGUUAAUCUCCAGUUUGGCCAUUUUGGGAUCAGUGCUUGGCCCAGUGAUGGUGGUACAAGUAAUGCUGGAAGUGUUGAUGAGUCAAGGGCCGAUUGGACUGAUAAUGGAAGUAAAUAUCAUUCUUCUUGUUGCAGCUCACCUCGAAUGUCUGAUGGACCUGCCAAGGAGCUUAAGGAGGAAAAUUCAGUGCAUGGAAGUGACGAGGAAGUUGAUGAUCCACCAGAGGCGGACAGCGAUGAGGAUUUUAGUGAUGAUGGUGAUAAUCAUAUUGACGAAGAGAUAGGUUCAGUUGAUGAGGAGUCCACAAAAUCUGAUGAAGAGUACGAUGAUCUAGCAAUGCAGGAUGUGCAGGAUAAUGGCUAUUGGUCAGACGAUGAAGAAUCCAAAGAUAAAUUGCUACCUAUUUUGGGUAGCAGUUCAGGCCCCACGGAAGGAGAAAAGUAUAGGCAGAAUCUAGAUCGGUUCCUUAGAUCUAGAAGUGAGCCACUUGGUGAGCCACUAUGUGCUUACUCUUCUUUCCUUGUGGAAAAGGGUGAGAGGAGAUUGUCCAACCUUGGCAAUGUAAAAAUGAGAAAACGUUCCCUCAGCAUUCCAGCCAUCGGAAAACAUGGCUCUAUAGUUGCAGAUCCGAUUCUCUCUGGAGCUCCACAGAGGUAGUGAAAGUGGAAUAAUUCAACUUCCUGUUUUCUCAAAACCCUGUAUUUCUUUUUUGUUUCUUAUUAGUCUAGUAGUUGAGGGUAACAAUUUGCACAAUCCUGCCUAUAGUACAGUUGCUUGACAUGGCUUGAUUAUGUUUGUUUUUUUGUUUUUGCUGUAAGCAAUCAAGCAAAAUGGAAACGGUUCAAAAUUAUUUAAAGAUGGAUCGUUGCGCAGAAA